CCAUUGGACGAAGAGGACUGCCUCUUUUUUUAAGCAGAAGAAUUAUUGAUUUCGUUGACAAUUUGUUGCUGUUAUUUAUUUAUCCUUUUUCCGCUGCUUCUUGUAUCCUGAAAGAAGAUCUGUGGACACUUGAUUUUUUUAUGAUAUUUUCUCACAAUUAUCAAUUGUUUCGAAAGGGAAACUAAAAUAAUGGUGAAAAUUUAUGUAAUCAUGUGGAUCGUUCUAUCUAUGCUCAAAUUUAUCAUAUUCAAACUUAUUGGUAUUAUGAGAAGCAUUAUAAAGUUAUUUAUUCCGUUGAAAUAUCAAAUGAAGGACAUUUCUGGCGAGAUUGCUCUCGUCACAGGUGCUGCUGGAGGUCUUGGAAGAGCGAUAGCAAUCGGUUUAGCUAAUCAUGGUGUUAUCGUUGUCAUUUGGGACAUCAAUCAGAACGGUAUCGAAGAAACGAUGGAAUUGAUAAAAGCGGCCGGUGGUACUUGUUACGGAUACGUUUGCGAUGUUCGUAAUCGUGAUGAUAUUUACAAAACGGCUGAAAUAGUUAGAGAAGAAGUUGGUCAGGUAACUAUUUUGAUUAAUAAUGCAGGUGUGGUAAAUAUUGGAAUUUUCUGGAAGACUUCGGAUGAUCUUUUUAGUCGUCUAAUGGAAGUAAAUAUUAUGAGUCUAUUUUGGACAGUCAAAGCAUUCCUUCCGGCAAUGAUAGAAAGCAACAAAGGGCAUAUUGUGAACAUAGCGAGUAUAGCAGGUCUCAUUGGAUUUCCGGUAAUCGUAGAUUAUUCUGCGUCUAAGUAUGCAGUUGUUGGUUUCAGUGAAGCAUUACAAAUGGAAUUAGACUUUCAUGGACAUGACAUUAGCAUUACAUCAGUAUGUCCGACUUUCAUUCACAAUACGGGCAUGCCUGCAGCUAAAUUCUCUGGGCGUGCUCCAAUUGUUAGUCCGCAAGAUGUUGCUGAAAGUACUGUUACUUCCAUCCGGUGUAACAAGAAGUUUAUUUUGGUGCCAAAUUACAUGUACUUUAUACUAUUUUUGAAAUGGAUAAUGCCACGUCAUAUCUACUAUGAAAUAUUGAAGUUUUUAAUGCAAAUUGAACCAAUUGAAUUUUAUCCAAUAGAAAGUCAAGAAAAAUGUAAAACAUAUCUUUCAAACGCAAGUAAUGUUGCUAUUACAUCAUAACCACUAGGCAGUUUUACAUAAUUUUUGCAAAAAGUAUCAUUUAUGUAAAUAUUUCAAUAUGAAUAUAUGGAUAAUAAAACAUGAAUAAAGAACAGAAUCAUCAAAAAAAUUAUUAAAUAACAAGAGUUCAUAAUUUCGGAAUAGAAUAUCGGAGACGAGUAUAAUUUGUUCCUUAUUUAUCUUAUAACUAAAGUCCCAAUAAUUUGGCUAUUACGUCAAUAACCGAAUAUAUUUUUGAUGCUCUCAUCUGUGUGUAAUUAUUUUAACUUAGGUCAAGGACAGGACAUAUGUAUGCACAAGCGAUAAAAUGAUCAAACCGAUAUUCAUUUCAAAAUACCGCUCGCAGCAUAAUCCCAAAUUAAAAGGAGAACAUAAAUACUUUUGAGGGAACUUCGUGAGGUAGAUGUGAGAUAAUUGAUUUAGUAGAUAUCACAGUAUAUUUAUUGUAGUAUGAUACAAUCGUCGUUGUGUUAUGAGUCGCAUUGGUAAUUCCUGAAUUAAUAAUGAGAUAAAAUUCGGAUGUUUGUAUGUUGUGAUUCUGAAUGAUAUAAGUUAGACUGGUAUGAUUUAGUUUGUGCUAGACACCUUCAUUUGAGGCAUAGCCAGUUAUAUUGAUAAGACUCGACUGUCCUACUGGUGAGUGCGAAUGCUUGAAUGCUAUCGUCUGCGGAUUUUUAUAUGCAAUGGAACGUAUUAUUUGUUGUAUCGUUGAUAAUGAAUAUGAGUGAUCUGAUUUAUAGUUAUAUUUGUAUCGAAAUAAAUUGUUAUAUAAUUUUUUAA